UUCCGAAUUUCCGAUUCCCCUCCUCGGCUACGGACCUACGGUUGAUUUCCGGCCGCCCCCUAUACAUAGCCAGCCUCCCGCCCUUAACCCACCCAGCCAGACCAGCCGCGCGCGGAGGCGUUUGCACACCUCGCCGCGCUAUAUCUCCGGGCGCGCCUGUCCUCUAGCCGCGCGUCCUUCGCCCCCCACCACCCCCACCUCCCGUCAACGGUUAGCCAGGCAGGCGCACGCCUAGGCUGCACGCUCCGGGGGCAGAGAGGACAGGACAGGAUGCUCGGGUUCAGACCGCAGAUGCCGUGGUCGUCGGCGGAGCCGCUGUGCGACGCGGCGGCGGCCGUGGUGGCGGAGCGGAAGGGGAUGGAGACCCCGCUGACGGCGGUGGCGGAGGCGUUCGAGGAGCUGGCGCGGGGGAUGGUGGCCGACGGCGGGGAGCUCCGCCUGUCGCCCUUCGGCGACACCUGCGCGCUCGUGUCCGUGCUCUUCAGCUCCCUCGGCAUGGCGUUCAAGUUCGCCGAGAUCGAGUAUGUCACCAAGUCCCGGCAAGAUUUCCCGUUUGAACAAUCAUCCAUCCAGGUGAACGAUCUCAUCGGUGCGGGCAAGUCGUACGGCACGCUGAACGACAUCCUGGACAAGGACGUCGAGAACGACUCCGUCAAGAAGCAGGGCAGCCACUCCCGGAACCUGCGCAGGGUCCGCCUCGGCCUCGGCCUCAUCAAGGCCCUCUUCGAGCAGUUCCUCGCCACCGAGGGUUGUUCACUGUAUGAUGCUGCCACGACAGCUUACGGGCAGGUUUGCGCGCCGUUUCAUAGCUGGGCGAUCAGAAAGGCUGUUGGUGCUGGGAUGUACACUCUUCCAAGCAGGGAGCAGUUGAUAGUGAGGUUGAACGAAACUGAUUGCUCUGUGCAGAAGGAGAUGAGGAGAUACAUUGACGCUUCUAGUCCAAUUAUAGAAUACAUCGAUAACCUUUUCCUGUCGAGGAACAUUAGCCUAGAUUGGUGAACUGAACCGAAGAUCACGUUUGUAGCUUGUUGACAAGCUGUUCUUGACACCAUUGAUUUAUUCUGUUCAUAGUUACUUAUUCAGCCUCGGUGGGUGGUGGAUGCUCCCUUUGUCUCCACCUUUGUUUCGCUUUCAUGUGUAUGCAUUGUACAACUGCAUGAUAAUUUUAGUACGACCAUGGAUACCCAUUCUUUUUUCCA